AGGUGGAAUACUACGCCUGAGCCACUACUUGUAAUUAUCCGGGUUAAUUGUAGAUGUUGUUUGGAUAUAAAACUUUCAAAAGUUGCGGUUGCGACACGCGAGGCAAUAACUUCUGGGACUAGUUUCCGUGUAGCCUGACGGCGGAGGCUGACUGCGGUGCGAUUGGCUGUGAGGUGUUCAAGAUGGCGGCGCCCUGUGGAGUGCAGCAACUCUAACAGGUAAACAGCGGUGCCUGGAGACCGUGUUGGAGGGCGGCCCCAGGAGUCCUCCAGGCAGGCAGAGACGGACACACCGCGAGCACCAAGCUGCCUCCACCUCCAGCACUGCGGACGCCAUGGCCAGGGAGCAGCCAAACGUGGGGGAGCUCCUCCCACUCCUCGAGACCUCCGAGCUCCCCCAGCUAGAUGAGAUCAGGGGCCUCAUCAACGAGCAGCUCAACACUGAGCGAGGGUCCAUGCUGCUGAAUGGACUGGUGGACUACUUCUUGGAAACAAACUCCGUGCCGGCCGUGCAUAUCCUCUCCUCCGUCAGAGAGCCCCACGAUAAGCACCUUCUGGACAAGAUGAAUGAGUGCAUGACCAAACAGGCCUGCCGUCUGCCCACCCUCACCCUGCUCGGCCAUGUCAUCCGCAAGCAGCCGUCCUGGAUCCACAAGAUGGCUCGGUACCCUCUGCUGCUGUCGCUCCUCAAAUGCCUCAAGACGGACACGGACGUAGUGGUGCUGAUAACCGGCGUGCUGGUGCUCAUCGCUCUGCUACCCAUGAUACCUCAAGCCGGGAAGCAGCACCUGUGGGAGUACUUUGACAUCUUCGGCCGGCUGGCGUCUUGGAACCUUAAGAAUCCGGGGCACGUUUCGGAGGUUUACCUAAUCCACCUGCACGCCAGCGUCUACUCACUCUUCCACCGUCUCUACGGCAUGUACCCUUGCAACUUUGUGUCCUACCUGCGCUCCCAUUACAGCAUGAAGGAGAACAUGGAAACUUUUGAGGAGGUAGUGAAGCCGAUGCUUGAACACGUCCGUAUUCACCCAGAACUGGUGACGGGAACCAAGGACCACGAGCUCGACCCCACCAGGUGGAAAAAGUACGAAAUCCACGAUAUCGUCAUCGAAUGUGCCAAAGUGUCUCUUGACCCCAAGGAGGCCUCCUGCGAGGAAGGCUACGCCAACAUGCCUGAGAACUUCUACCCCCAAGUCCACCUGCGACCACUAGACUGCACUUCCAGUCCCUACGCAGACCUCCACAGCAGCUUCGGAAGCUCUUCUUCGACCCCGUUCUCGACUCCACGGCAGCCGCUGCCCCCCCCUCUGUCCUUGCCCCCCUUCUCAGGGACGCACUCCUCCCCCCGCAGCCCACCCAUCUCCAGACGGCAGAACUCCACCUGUGAACUCGACUCCUCUUGCGGGGUGAAGGACCCUCUGUGGAGCCCCUCCUCCUUGUGUGGCAUGGCCACGCCCCCUUCCUCCAGAGGCAUGUCGCCCAACGUGGAGCUCUCCCAUAGUGCCUCUCACCUUCCCGGCCGCUUCCACUGCACAUCAGGAGGAAAAGGAACGCCCGCCUCCAGCACUCCGGCCACCUCCUCCCCACCUCCCACCCUAUCGGAUGACUUCCCCAUAAUCUCCUUACCAGCCAACACAGUCCAGUCCAGUCCACCAAGAAAGGAUCGGCGACAUGGAGAAAGUAAGCCGGCUCUGGUCAGACAGGAACCAGUGAGAGAUAUAGACAAGAGUGCGGACGUGUCCACAAACAGAGCAGGAGCAGGAGCUGCGGAGAACCUCUCCAUGACUUUGCCGGAGCUGUCGGCCUUCAUGAAGAAACAAGAGCUGGAGCUUCAGCUGAGAACGGAGAAGGAGAGGGAAGAGGCGGCCAUCACGGAGGAGCUGCAGAAGAUCACCGAGGACACGCAGGAGCCGCCGGGUCGCAGGAGUUUGGACUCCCCGUUCCAUCUCACCACGGAGACUCUGACCGGCUGUCAGGCACAAGACAAAACCUCCUCCUCCUCCUCCUCCCAGCCCGGAGGCGCCGCCGUGCACACCCGCCAUGUGGCAUCGUCGCCGGACAAAGGGGAGACCACCGCGAGUACCAGUGGCGGCGGGAGUGAAAGAGGAGGAGGAGGAGGUGAAGGGGGCGGAGCAGGGGACAGCAGGAGCUCAGCCAUCGGCCUCGAGCAGUCCUGGUCCUCCCAGUCGGGGUUCACGCCCAUCGAGCACCACCUGCACCGGAGCCCCUCCGCCCCGGAAGACGACCUGGCCAAGUUUGGGAUGUUCUCCCCGAGCCCGUGCGGGAAGAUGCCGGCGCCCUACGAGUCGUUCUUCGACCUGGCCCUGCCUCGGGCGGCCUCGCUCUUCGUGGGCCAGAGGACGUCGGAGGCGGUGCACAAGGCGGCGCAGGAGAGGCUGUUGCAGCGGGAGGAGGGACUGGAGGACGGCGAGGAGGAAGGGGUAGCGACCGCUUCGCCGCUGGAGGUGCUGGAUCGCCUUGUUCAGCAGGGGAGCGACACCCAUAAUAAAGUUCUAGAGAGAUUACCUUUGCCAAGUAAGUCAGCUGACUGGACGCACUUUGGAGGCUCGGCUCCGCUGGACGAGCUCCACACGCUGCGCAGCCAGCUGCUCCUGACGCACAACCAGCUGCUGUACGAGCGCUACAAGAGGGAGCAGCACGCCGUCCGCAACCGCCGCCUCCUCCGACGCAUCAUCAACGCCACCGCGCUGGAGGAGCAGAACAACGCCAUGAAGGACCAGCUGAACCUGCAGAGCGUGGACAUCGUGUCUCUGAGGGAGAGUCUGCAGGUGGAGCAGCAGCGGUACAGGCAGUUGUGGGAUGACCGGGAGACUGUGGUGACCAGGCUGCACAGUCAGAUCAGACAGCUGCAGCAGGGCCGGGACGACUACUACACCAAGAACCAGGAGCUCCAGAGCAAGUUGCAGGAAUGUCAGAAGAGGAUAGACGAGCUGGAGGCGGAGCUUCAGAGGGCCAACAACAAAGUGUGCCACACAGGUCACCUCCUCAGCCAGAUGACAAUCAAGCUGAGCAACAGCGAGAGCACCCAGCAGCAGAUGAGCUUCCUAAACAAGCAGCUGCUGCUCCUCGGGGAGUCGCAUAAGCUGUCCAUGCAGGGGCUACCACACGCAGCCACCGACACUACCAAGGAGGCCCUGAUGCUGAAGGCGUCUUACGGGAAAGAAGUGGAGGCGCUGAGGCAGAGUCUGCUGUUUCAGGGUCAGAAGCUGGAGGCAGCCCAGCAGAGAGUCGGCGAGCUGGAGACGCACCAGUCCAAGAAGGAGCACCUCAUCGCCGAGCAGAAGAAGUUCCUCGAGGACGUCAAGUGUCAGGCUAAGUCGGAGCUGCAGUCCUCAGACGUCAGGUAUCAGGCUCAGAGGAGAAUCACCCAGCUGCUGCAGACUGAACUCCUGCAGCUCUACAGCAGAGUGGAGACGGAGGCUCCGGCUGGCACCGCCAGCGGUUCGCCAACAGGGGGCAGAACUGGCUCACAUCUUUGUGCUGAAACCAGUGUCAUGGCACCCGACGGACAGCUUCACACCAACGAAGAAGUGGGCAGUAGACCAUUGCGCAAUUCCCCUCGGGGCAACAGCAGCAGCACUUUAUCGCCACAGCAACCAAAGGCGAGCAACUCUUCCAAGACGACAGGCACCUCCCUCAACGGCAGCCAGGACUUGAUUGAACCCUCCCUGUCGGGUCUGUACGCCAACCCGCUCGCGCCCUUGCCUCCCUCGGAUGCGCCGCUCACCGUGGGCUCCUACCCCAGCGCCAAGAGCUUCCUGGGCAUGAGGGCCCGCGAGCUGUUCCGCAACAAGAGCGAGAGCCAGUGUUGUGAUGAUGAUGAUGAGGAGGAGCAGAAACAUCAGCAGCAGCAGCAGCCACCGCCCCCCCCUGCUCUCCCACCUGGCCUCGCCCAAGGCCUCAAGACUGAGUUGUGCGUAGAGCCCCCUACUCCAGGUUGCGUCGGCCCGGCAACCCCUCCCGUCCCGGUCCCUGCCCUCGCCGCUCCUCUCACAGUGCCCACCAAGGAGCCUCCCGUCGAGACCGAGCAGCGGGCCUCUAGCCAGGAAAGCCCCCGCCGGAAGGCGGGGUCAGGGGGUGGGCGGGGUCAGACGGGCUCAGGGCGCCCCCGUCAGCAGCAGCUAAACAUCAUGGACUACAACGAAACACAUCACGAGCACAGUUAGACGUCGGACUGAGGCGCAGAGACAGGUUUACCGACCGAGAAGAGCUACAAAUCAGCAAAAAGAGUAAUAUGACAGCAACUCUUUGGAUUUCAGUGUUAUUUGUUCCAUUCGUCUGAGUGGACAACAGGAUUUCCCACGAUAUUUUUCUACUUUUUCUUUUUUUCAUUCGGAGUCAUUCCCCCAUUUGAAUUUUGAGAAGGUGACAAGGAAACAAAGUGGAUGUGGUGAUACCAGUGAAGAUGCUAGAAUUUGAUUAUGAGACCAAGAUGCUCACUUAUCAAAGUGAUCAAUAACUUGCAUGUUACUUAUACGUUUUUUGAUAGUCCGUUAAUCCAAACCACAAAACAUCCCCACUUGGCUCCAGUUGUAUCGGCCAUGUGGAUAAUGCUGCUUUAAUUUGUCCAAAUUGGGAGACAUUUGGUUCCUUAGAUUUGUUCUUGCACAGCUGGAAGUUAAUCGAAGUUAUUUUGCUGUGCUCAAAGAAAAUAAAGAUCGCCUAAAAAAUAAUUCUGCAAUGGUGUCUUUGUUGUGGAGACGAGAAUCUCUGAGACAAAUUUUGACAAAUAAAACUUCAGGGCGUACCAGUGAAACUAGGUGAGGAAUAGUUAUUGGAGUUUUUCUUAGAGUUGGUGCACCCACCCGUUAAACCAAUUUGUUUAUAAGCACCAGAAGAGCACAGGUUUUAAUUUGACGUCUAUUCGGAGCAGACUUAAAUAUGUUUUUGAUGGGGAAGAUUUCAUGUUGACUGUUGCAUCGGAGCGUUUGAGGGGAUGGACACGUGGAGGGGUUUGUUUUGGAUUUUUCAUUUGAUCUAUUUAUUUAUUAUUUUUCUUCCAAAAGAGGUCUGCGGGGAGGAUGGUGUUCUGGCUGACUUUAAAUACCUCUGAACAGAAGUCUUGUUUCGCAUUCUGCGUGUACACUCGGCUGGUACAGCGCGGGGAAGAAAACAUCUUGUCCAAUCGGGUUCCUUUGUGCAGGGCUGACAAACGGAGUUUUGGAAGUAAACUGCGGCAUUGAAGGCCGCUUAAAUCCUGUUGUCCACUGGGAACUCCUGCUGUCACUUCCUUUUUGCCUCGCUAUCUAAAGCAUGUUCAACAAUCCACCUUUAACGCCAACCGCAGUAACUACCGCAAACCAAGACAAGGUACAAUCAGCACAAACUGAAGGAACCAGGACUCUGAAUCUGGGAUCAAAUGUCAAAAAAGGAAGUUCUUAAAGCAGUGGCUUGUGUUUAACUGUGAACAAUAAAGAUCGUCUUCAAUGUUUUGCACUACAA